UUGCACGGUGGCUCACGUAUGUAACAUCAAGCGUCCAAACUCAACGCCCUCGUCUAGCCAAAACACGGGUUACUUUUCACCAUGGACGAUCCAGCCUUUCCCAGUACAGUGGACACACAGACAGGGGCGCAGACAACAACACUGACAACACCAGAGCGGUCAGGGAUAGGCCUAAACAUCAACUACGUUACGAGCAUACCGGGGAUACUGAAAGUAGUGGAACUGCUGUUCGGCUUGAUCGUCUGGGCAUGCGUGGCCUCUUACACUUAUGCCGGAGGACAGCACUGGGUGAUGUUUGUGGCUGUGACGUCAUGGCUGUUCACACUGCUGUAUUUCAUCUUCUGUCUGCUAUCCCUCCGCGAGUCCAUGCCGGUUAUAUCCGGUUUCAACUGGAACCUCAUAGAGACAGUGUACUCUGUUGUGGUGACCUUUCUGUACUUCAUAGCGGCCUGUGUCCAGGCAGGCACCACGGGAGUCGGCGGGAACAGUUUGGUCAGGGGACACUACUCCACAUACGCGGCAGCGGCGGCAUUCGCCUUCCUGGUGACCAUCGCGUACGGUGUUGACGCCUUCUUCGCGUUCCAGUCGUGGCGUGGAGCCGGUGGACAGCUCCCCUCAUUCUCCUUCUCAUCACCCAGCCCCCAGUCUACACCUGCCACCAAGGCGGAGGAGGCACAGGGGUAGAACAUAGGCGUCCUACUAGCCUCUACCAGGCUUCGGGAGGCGACUGGAAAGAGUAGAAAUUGGCCAAAUAGAGAGAUGACAUGCCAAAGACGUUCCUCCUCUGAAAUCUCUAGCGGACCAACUCCGAGGGACAGUGGUAGAUCAUAUGCUACCCCCCUUACCCCCUUGGUUUACAUAGCGACUUUCGCGAGCCCUUUUUUUUUCAAAUAUCUUGUGUUGUAGGAGAGCUAGCUAUGAGUGUUUAAGUGUUACCUCUGAUCCUACAAUAAGAAAGGUAUUAGUUGUAAAAUAAAAUAUCUUGUGAUGUUGUAGAGCUAUGGGUGUUUGAAACGUUAACCCUGAACCUAUCCCUAGCCAUGAAAUAAUUGUAGUUGUAAACUGUAAACCGUUUUCAAAUUUCGGUAUAAGACGUCAAACGAAAUUAGGCGUUAUUUUUGGUGUCAUUAUAAUACAUACACAUGUACUAGGUU